AGCGUCUCGGUCACGCCCCGGAAGUAAUCUCCGGUAGCUUUCCCCGAGAACUGAAGGGUUGGUUUAAGGAUCGCCCUGCCCCCCGCUCAGCGUCACUUCCGCCCUUACAAACUGCGACGUGGCCGGCUUCUUCUGCCCGGGCGGGGACGUCACUUCCGCCGAAUCCCUGACCUGCUGCUAGGAUCGCGACGGGAACGGGAGCCCGAGGUCCCCGCGCGGACCGGGCCUGGCGCCCCGAGGGGAAGAGCAGCCCAGCCCGAGCCAUGACGGACGGGAUCCUAGGGAAGGCAGCCACAAUGGAGAUCCCCAUCCAUGGGAAUGGCGAAGCUGGGCAGCUUCCCGAAGAUGAUGGUCUGGAGCAGGACCUCCAGCAGGUGAUGGUGUCAGGACCCAACCUCAAUGAAACCAGCGUUGUGUCUGGUGGCUAUGGGGGCUCUGGUGAUGGACUCAUCCCCACAGGGUCUGGCCGCCAUCCAUCUCACAGUGCCACUCCUGCUAGCCCUGGAGAUGAGGUGGCUCGGGGCAUCGCUGGAGAGAAGUUUGACAUCGUCAAGAAAUGGGGCAUCAACACAUAUAAGUGCACAAAGCAGCUGAUAUCAGAGCGAUUUGGCCGAGGCUCUCGGACUGUGGACCUGGAGCUAGAGCUGCAGAUUGAGUUGCUGCGUGAGACGAAGCGCAAGUAUGAGAGUGUCCUGCAGCUGGGCCGGGCACUGACAGCCCACCUCUACAGCCUGCUGCAGACCCAGCAUGCACUAGGUGACGCCUUUGCUGACCUCAGCCAGAAGUCCCCAGAGCUUCAGGAGGAAUUUGGCUACAAUGCAGAGACACAGAAGCUGCUGUGCAAGAAUGGAGAGACACUGCUAGGGGCUGUGAACUUCUUUGUCUCUAGCAUCAACACAUUGGUCACCAAGACCAUGGAAGACACACUCAUGACUGUCAAACAGUAUGAGGCUGCCAGGCUGGAAUAUGAUGCCUACCGUACAGACUUAGAGGAGCUGAGCCUAGGCCCUCGGGAUGCAGGGACGCGUGGUCGACUUGAGAGUGCCCAGGCCACUUUCCAGGCCCAUCGGGACAAAUAUGAGAAGCUGCGGGGAGAUGUGGCCAUCAAGCUCAAGUUCCUGGAAGAAAACAAGAUCAAGGUGAUGCACAAGCAGCUGCUGCUCUUCCACAAUGCUGUGUCCGCCUACUUUGCUGGGAACCAGAAACAACUGGAGCAGACCCUGCAGCAGUUCAACAUCAAGCUGAGGCCUCCAGGAGCUGAGAAGCCCUCCUGGCUAGAGGAGCAGUGAGCCGCUCCCAGACCAACCUGGCUGUCAUAAAGACACUGGGAGGGGCAGUCCCAGGGUGGGGGAGAUCGGACAUGGGAUAUCCCUUGCCACCUGCCCUCAGGCGUGGGCUCCUUUCCCCUUGCUGGGGCCUGACACCAGUUUUGCCCACAUUGCUGUGGGUAGGGAUGGGGCCUGCAGGCCUAGCAGUUGCUGCCCUGUCCCUUAUCUUCCUGGCCACUGGGCUUUGUUCCCAGAUCUUUUCCUUCCACUCCACAGCCAAAGGCUAUGACAAAACCACUCCCUGGCCAAUGGUAUUGCUCAGGCCUAUCCCCAGCUCCUGGGGUCUGCCCCCGACCAAUGGCAGAGCCUCAAAAGGCCCUGUCAGCCAAAGGCAGCUCUUCUUGGGCUCCCCUGGGCCAAUGAUGUUGCCUCCAGUACCCUUUGUCCCUCCUCUAUGCGUGCCCAUUGCAGAGAAAGGGACUGGGACCAAAGGGGUGGGAAUAAUGGGGAGCCCCAUUUCUGGCCCUGCAUCAGAAUGGGCAUCCACCCAGUUUAAUUGUGCUUAGAGCCCUGGAAGAUUGGGACCUAGCACUAGGAAUAAACCUUUCAUAAAAGCAGGCCCAGUGAGGUCAAUUUGUGGGGGACUCUAGGAGGGUGGGCUGGGUAGAGAAAUGCUCAGUCUAAUACACCAAAAUCCUAUCAAGUCAGAAGAGCUGGGGACAGACAACUGAAGUCAGAGGUUUCCAGAACAGUCUGAGGACCCACUCUCCUCCCCCAGACCCAGUUUGAGCAAAAGCUUCAUUUGCCCUUCAGGCCAGCACCAAGAUAGCUAAGGAUCUUAAGAGCACAGGGCCCAAGGGGGGUUGGGCCCGCUGGCCAUCAUGCAUUCAUUGAUACAGCAAAUAUUUACUGAGAGCUUUUACUUGCCUGGCACUGCCCUAACCCCUGGGGAAACAUCAGUGAAUAAAGCACAGUCCCUUCCCACAGUGCUUACGGUCUAGUGAGGAAUAGAGACAAGUAACCAGGCAACUACAAUAUGGUGAUAAGUACUAGGAUACAGAAGUUCAGGGAGCUAUGGGAGCACAGAGGAGGGGCAUCUCUCCUAGACUGGAGUGGAGAUGGGCUUGUCAACUUGAAAGCUGAGAGAAAGGGUAUUCAGACAGCCAGAAAGAGUGGAGGAAAGAGCAUCGUAGGCUGAGAGGCCAAUAUGUGAAGGCCCUGAGUAGGAAUCUGGAGGAAUUAAUGGAGUUUCACCAGGAUGAAAGAUGAAGGGGAGUGGCUAGAGGAAGACUACAGAGGCAAGGCAGUAAGAGCUCAGGGUAGGCCUGCCUCUUCAAGCCCAUUAAGGACUUUUGCCCUUUGGAGAAGAGGAACCAUGAGGCCUUUUCGGCAGAAGUAUGAUGGCAUAGGAGAAGUCUAGGGUCGAGGAAAGUAGUCCUUGUGAAGCUUAAACUAGUGUAACAUAGACCCCAGUUCCCUCAUAGUCGGUAGUCUAGUAGCUCUGGCCCAGUCUCCAAAGCAAGCAUGAGUCCUAUCUGAGGCUGGAACACCUGUGCUAGAGGCCUGAACUCAGGUGGAUGUGAGGUUGAGGCAGUUUCCAGGGCCCCUGUUGAGCCCAAAAUCUGAACCUUGUCUGAGGCAGGAAAGCUCUCCAGCAGCACUUUAAUUGGGCCGGAGCUCAGGUGCCAUCACCUCUGCUCCUUGGCUAAGGAGAGCCCCAGGAUGUUUCAACACUCCCCUACCUGCGAGGAGGACUGGAGGAGGGGACACCCCCGUCAGCAGAUGCUCCCAGCACUGAGAUCCAGGUGCAGCCCGACUUCGCCCUUUGUCACAGAUACUGCAGCUCCCAGGCAGGCUUCCUGGGCUUUGGUCAGCCUGCAGUCACCUGACUGCAGCUUGAUUAUUAGGGGAGGGGUGACCCCCACUUUAUGAAACACUGGGGAUUUUUGAACAUGAAAGGUACUGAUGAAUCCAAGUGACUGGCGGCAGGACCUUAACACAGAGCUCAAACAAACGCUGGUUACACCACUUUCUAGCUGAGUGAUCAGGGUUAACUUCUAGGGAGCCGGGCCCUCAGUUUCUUACAUUGUAUAACACGGCUAAUAAAAGAAGCUACCUAUUAACAAUAUUAAAGGAGAUAAUAUAUGUAAA